AAUUCUCGUACAGGGUUUAGAACCGGAGAACCGACUGGUUACUUCCCGCCUUUCCCUGCUUAUACGGAAAAUGGCUCGAAUGCUCUACUAUUACUAUUCCCGCCUUUCCCUGCUUCCGUCUCUCUCCAAAUUGCAACCACAAAAUUCACCUUCCAGAUUGAUACCACUUUCUGCUUCAGCUGUGAUCUGUUCAAAACACCCCGUUCAUCCCUUCCCUUGCCCAAUUUUCCAAGCAUCACGAUCAUAUGCUAGACGUGGACGUUCAGACUAUAAUCUCUUCGGAAAUGGAAAACCAGGGGAUAAGGAAUUCAGAAAAGCCUGGCAGGAAGAGGUGGACGAAGAUACCGGUCUCUGGACUGGAAGUGAAGAUGAAAGCGACAAUGAAGGAGAUCGACGAACUCAAAAUAAUCUUGAAGAAGAAAUAAGAAAGGUCAAACAGCAGGCAAAGGAGCACUCAGACCUCAUUGAUGGUGAUGACAGUGAUGAGUUACACAGUGUGUGGUCCGAAAGUGAUGAGGAAAAAAGUCUGUGGACUGGUGACGAAGGUGAUGAUGAUGAUGACAUUCCAACAGAAGCCUACCCAAAUGAAAAAAGUGAUGCGUAUAUAGACAAAUUGUUUGAAUUUGAGGAAAAACCAAAAUAUCGAACUAUAUCAGAACUAUUGAAAGCUGAGAAUGAACCAGAAGAGUUAUCUCCUGGAAAGCAGGCUAGGAAACUUGCAGUUGAAAAUGCGCUUAAAAAAUUAAAGAAGGGGCCAGAUGGGCGGUACACUAAUGUGUGGGAAGUAAUGAGUGACUUGGACAUUCUUAUCGGAGCAUUUGAAAAUAUUGUUUCAGGUCCAGAAUAUGAAGAGCUUAGACAAGGAGGUCCUAAGAAAUUGAACAUUGAGUUCUUCAAGGACAUACAAGCACGUAUGAGAGAUCCAAAUUAUAAAUUCUCACCCGAGUUGAAGUUGAAACCCAAAAGCAAGCUGGUUCUGAAAAAGAAAUGGCAGAAGACACAGUCCAGAAGAAGAAAGGCACAGAAGCGCUAGGAUUUACGUCUUUCAUUUGACAGUCAUCAAAAUCAGGUUAUCUGUACAUUCUUUUGCAUUUAGUUUUUUGUUCAAACACCUGUAUCACCGCAUCAUCAGAUUUUUUGGCAAUGGUGGCAUGAAGUUAAACUCUCAUGUAGACUAGUAAUGCCAGAGAAUUUCCUUAUUUCUUUCA